AUGGGCAUUGAAAAUGAAGAACGUUUAGACACUCUGGAGCCCAAGCUGGACCUUCCAGCUGAAAGGUUGGCUGCUGUAAGGCACAAGCUUGGCGAACAUAAUGGUGUGAACAUGUCCAUUGAGGUCUCUGACACUUUCGUCUUCAAGGACCCUGAGAACAUGGGCCCAGCAUUUGAAGGCAUGAUUGGUCCUGAAACAGGCUAUUAUAUCUACAGCCGCCACUACAACCCAACUGUAUUCAAUUUUAGCUAUCAGCUGGCUGCCAUUGAAGGAACUGAAGCUGCCUACUGCACUUCUAGCGGUAUGGCGGCAAUAUCAUCCGUGUUGCUGCAGCUAUGCAAAAAUGGAGGGCAUGUGGUGGCGGCUGAGACUCUAUACGGUGGGACUUAUGCUCUGCUGAAACAUUUCCUACCAGAGAAAUGCAACAUAACGACAAAGUUCGUGGACAUUACUGAUCUAGACAAGGUGAAAGAUGCAAUAGUCGAAGGAGAGACCAAUGUGCUUUACUUUGAAUCUAUCUCGAACCCAACUCUUGUUGUUGCUGACAUCAGUAAACUCAGCGAAAUAGCGCAUGAAAAAGGAGUCAAGGUGGUGGUGGACAACACUUUUGCCCCAAUGAUCCUCUCCCCAGCAAAACUUGGAGCUGAUGUGGUUGUGCAUAGUUUGACAAAGUAUUUCAGUGGUGGAGCUGAUCUCAUUGCAGGUAUCUGCUGUAAGAAGUUUCAGUAA